ACUGUUGUGAGCCCUAUCAUAUCAACAAGCACCGCCAGCCAGAGAUAAACAUACAUAUAUGUCAUUUCCGUGGUGGGCUACAGCCUACAGACCUACAGCAAGCGCUGGCCAUGGCAGAGCAUUUUGUGCUGUGCCCCGUGAUGGCAGUACUAUUACUAUCCAUGGACGUCCUCGGCGCCGCCGCCGGCGUCUUCAAGCCGCCGCCGGCGAUGUACGUGUUCGGCGACUCGACGCUGGACGUCGGAAACAACAACUACCUGCCGGGAGCGGGCGUCCCCAGGGCCAACAGGCCCUACUACGGCGUCGACUUCCCCGGCGGCCUUCCCACCGGAAGGUUCAGCAACGGCUACAACACCGCCGAUUUCAUUGCAAAGUGCAUAGGGUUCGUGAGCAGCCCUCCGCCGUACCUGUCGCUGCUGGGAGCAGCAAGCUGCGGCGGCGGCCUUCUGGUUCCGACGGCUCUCACUAUCGGCGUCAGCUAUGCUUCCGGAGGAGCUGGCAUCCUCGACUCCACGAACGCCGGCAACACGAUCCCGCUAUCGAAGCAGGUGCAGUACUUCAACGCCACGAGGUCGGAGAUGAUCGCCGCGGCGGGCUCCUCCGACGCGGUGGACGCCCUGAUCAACCGGUCCUUCGUCCUCAUCCUCGUCGGCGGCAACGACCUGUCCGCAUUCGCGAACGCGGAGCGGGCGCGGAACAGGUCCGGCGCCGACCUGGAGAGCCACGACGCGGCCGCCUUCUACGGCGGCCUCGUCUCCAACUACUCGGCCGCCAUCAGGGGCCUGCACGCGCUGGGCGUGCGGAGGCUGGCCGUCGUCAACGUGGGGCUCGCAGGGUGCCUGCCCGUGGCGCGGGUGCUGGACGCCACGGGCGCGUGCGCCGAGGACCGGAACCGGCUCGCCGCCGGCUUCAACGCCGCGCUGCGCUCCCUGCUCGCCGGCCUCGCGUCCCCCUCCUCUAGGUCCGGGCUGCCCGGCCUCUCCUACUCCCUGGCCGACUCGCUCGGCCUCAUGGCGGACACCUUCGCCCACCCGCUGGCGUCGGGGUUCACGGACGUCGCCAACGCGUGCUGCGGCGGCGGCCGGCUCGGCGCCGAGGCGCCCUGCGCACCGAACGCGACGCUCUGCGCCGACCGCGGCCUUUACUACUUCUGGGACAGCGUGCACCCUUCUGAGCGGGCCGCAGCGCUCAGAGCCCAGGCUUUCUGCGAUGGGCCAGCUCAAUACACUACGCCCAUCAACUUCAAGCAGUUGGUCCACAUGGCAUGAUCGGUUUUAGCCCAUUUGCUUAUUCAGACCCAGCGAAACAAUUAUACAAAGAUGAUAUUAUGUCAAAAGUGAACCAUGGUACAUCCCUUGUUACAUGGACAAUUGACCGGAAAAAUAAAGAAAUAAUAUUGAACAAGCUUUCAUGUGUAGCUCUUUCUUACUCCGCUCUAGUAUAUGGCGACAAUUCUUAUACUUGAAA